AUGCAAUACACGAUCACUUCGAAAGCUCUGGAUGAGAAAGUGCUGGCUGUACAUGUCAGGGACAAUGUGUACACAGGAGGAACGUCGGGAACACUUGUGAAUCAGGACACAGGUGCAGUGCUGUGCAAGUGCAAAAAGUCUGUGAGAGCAAUAGCAAGCCAUGGCGAUUACAUAUGCUGCGGAAGCUAUGAUUGCACAGCGGUGCUUCUGCAAAACGAAAAUGUUGUGGAUGUUAUUGAAGGACCUGACACUGAGAUUAAGUGUGUGGCGUUUUCUGAGGAUGGAAAGCAUCUUGCAAUGGCCACCAGAGGAAAGUCGGUUUGGAUAAUAAAGCUUUGUGGAGAAAUAGAGAUUGACAAGAUAAUAGAAGACCACCUACAUGAUGUCAAGGGGUGCACUUUCAAUAAUGGAAUGCUGUUUACAUAUGGAUACGACAACACAAUCAAAGUAUAUGACAGGUUUGACUACGAUGAUAGCUGGGAACUAAUGCAAUCGAUAGACGAGAGCAAUACUGUCUGGUGUAUAGCAUUCUACGAGGAAAAGAUGUUCAGUGCCACCGAAGACGGGAUUAUAAGCGUAUACAGCCUGAGGAAUGGAUGGGAACUGGAGACUACCAAGAAAAUGUCGGUGUUUCCGAUCUACUCAAUGUGCGAGAUAGGAUGUGGGGUUGCAUAUGUUCUGAACAGGCAAAGCAUUGGAAUAUUUGACAGCAGCCUGAACCUUAUGGAAUCGAUGGAGAACAUCCAUUCUGAUUGCAUAAAUAGCAUAGCAUACGACGCAAAAAAUAACAGGAUAGUCAGUGGAGGAGAUGACGGGAUUCUGAAUAUGAUUGAAAUGCACUAA